CACACACACACACAGGUGAGCCAUGUUGGCCCUCGUAGCUGCCGGCUCCGUCUUCUUCCCGGGACUCUUCGUUCUGUCCAAACAGACUCUGAAACUCACGAUGGGAUGGAGCGAGGGCGACGCUGCCAUCGUGUCUACACGCCUCGUGUCGUCCAUCCAAGCCAUCAUGGCCUCGUCGGCCGGAGUCGUCAUCGCCUCGUCCUGCAGGGACGUGAUGGAGGACAGACAUUGGCUGACCGACAGCUACAUCCUGUUUGCCACGCCUUACUUCGCCUACGACAUCUACGCCAUGUUCCUGUGUUACUGGCACAAGCAGCAGGUCAAAGGUCACGAGGAGGAGCAGGGCGGGGUCAGGUGGACGGGAGCUGCUGUGGUGGGCUUCCUGCGCAGAGACCUGCUCCUGGUCCUCCAUCACAUCUUCAUGGUGGCCUGCUGCUUUCCCGCCUCACUGCUGUGGAGGCGUGGUAAAGGUGAUUUCUUUCAGGCUGUUUUGUUUCUGCCUGAGCUCAGCACGCCGUUCGUCAGUCUGGGGAAAGUCCUGAUCCAGUAUAAGAAGCAGCACACUCUGCUGCACAAAGUGAACGGCGUCCUCGUGCUGCUCACCUUCUUCGUCUGUCGGGUCUUACUCUUCCCGUACCUGUACUUCGCCUACAGCAGGUUUGCGUCCAUCCCGCUGUACCAGGUGCCCCUGGUGGCCCCGUGGCCGUGUAACCUGGGGGCCGCUCUGCUGUGGCCCCUCCAGCUCUACUGGUUCACUCUGAUCUGCAGAGGAGCUCUCCGACAGGUGAGCGCCCGACGCUCCACCUUUAAAGACGACGGAGACGGACACCUGACAGCAAGCAACGGUUGCACGGGUCAUCAGGAGGACGCACAGACGGACGGACAGUGAAGGAGGAGGAGGAGGAGGAGGAGGAGGAGGAAGAGGAGGAGGAGGAGGAGGAGGAGGAGGAUGAGGAGGAGGAGGACGUGAGCUGAAACACAGAGAACAUGAGGAGAUGUUUCUCUCAUUUGAUGUAAAAAUUAAGGCACGGUGAAGAAGAACCAGGAUCAAAGACACAGAGCUGAAGAACUGCCAGACGUUCAUCCACACAGAGAGCCGGCCUCUCUCACACUGAUCAACACCGAUCAACACUGAUCAAUACUGAUCAACACCGAUCAACACUGAUCAAUACUGAUCAACACCGAUCAAUACUGACUGAUCGUGAAUCUUUGGAUUAUUUCAGAUGGCAGCCAAUCAGAUUACAAGAAGAAACUUUAAAC